UUCCCUCCAUCUUGGGUCACAAGAAAUUAAACCCUAGUGAACAUUCCAGAAAAUGCAAAAUUCAAAUAGAUCAAUGUAUUAAAAUUAUAAAAAAGGAAACAACACAGCUUACGUAAGUAUUGGCUCAUUCACAAACCUAGAGAGGCUGAAAACCUUUUCGAAGUAGAUUUAGGAAAACAAGAAAUAUAUAUAAAUAGUUGCUCUAAGAACCAUAUUGUAGCAUUCAAACCUAACUUACGUUCUUCACCAUCAGUGUUGCGAGUAGCUCUAGGGUUUUAGGAACUACGUACAUUAAUCUUUUUCCUCCAUCCAAUUCGCAGAACUAAAACAAUGGAAGUAUACUCAUCAUGUGAUCAUCAAGCUAAGGGACCUUCUUCUCGACGUCCUAUGGGAUAUCGAUUUCAUCCUACGAACAAGGAACUGUUGAAGUAUCUGUCAGGGUUUGUACGAAACGAACCACUUCCCGAGCAGUAUCAACUCAUGCAGCAGGUUGAUCUUUACGCUGACAAGGAGCCAUGGCAGAUUUUUGAUGAGGGCACCAACAACAACACUCGUUACUUCAUCACACCGCAGAAGAAAGUGAAACCUGAGUGGAAAAGAUUUGCACGAACAGUGGGGAAGGGAACAUGGAAGCCACAAGGCAAAGGAAAAGAGGUGUUUGACGAUAAAGGGAGACUCAUGGGAUACGUCAAGAGUUUGAAGUACAUCCCCGCUAACAAAUCAUCGAACAAGGCCAACGGGGAGUGGUUGAUGACCGAGUACUCUCUGUACAAUGGUUAUGUGGAUGCUUCGAAAAUUAAGAAGAAGGGUUACGUAAUUUGUAAGAUCAAGAAGAAGGAAAAACCUGAAGCUAAGAAGAAAGGAAACAAGGUCAACAUAGCUAAUGAUGAGGAUAUGAGAGACGUUGAAGAAUAUAUUAGUUCCGUUCUGGAAGAAGACACUAAUGGAAUAUCGUCGAACGGUAUAAAUGAUUACCUAGUGGGAGAUGAAGUCGGAGAGCAUAUACUUGGUUUGUUGGGUCCUGAAGACGAUGUUGAACGCAUAGAGGGUACUGAAGUCGAAGACAACCAGCUACUUGAUCAAAAUUUGUUGGGUUAUUCUGCGGAAGAUAUCGAUCUAGAUACAAUUAAUAUCUGUAUUUAA